GUGCUUCGAGCCGCAGAUGCGCGUGUGCCUCGCCAAUUGCCCGUCAUUCCGUCGACAGCUCGGGUCUGGUCUCGUCAGGCAACUCUGAACCGUCGAUUAUGGAGGCUGAGUCGAGCUGUUUGCCGUCGAUUUCCGCAGCGUCCCGAAAAUCCACAUUCACCCCAGUGGUGCACGAGAGAAAGCGCUCCUCUCUACGCGAAAUGCGAUUUGGCGAAUCGACUCAUCUGGUCGAUUUCCCGCGGGUUCGGAAUGCCGUUUCGCGCGUCGGCAAGAUCGGCGACGAUAAAUAGCCCCCGCUGUUGCAAAGAACGACACCAAUUCGCCACAGCCAUACUCGUGCUACUGUAUCCCCCAUUACGAUUUACGGAUCAAAUCGACCACCCGCUAUUAUCGCCAUGGCUGUUCCAUCUCUCCUACCCGUGCGGCGAACGCCCAUUAUUUACGGCCCGCCGUCCGUCGCCGCGAUCUUCGCCAUUUUCUCCGCGAUGCUCCUCGCUACUAUCACCCACCUUCCGUUAACCGCGCGGGCGGGCACUAUUCCGCCCGUCGUUCCCCCGGCCGUCGUUCCGCCCGCCGUCGUCCCCCCCGCUGUCGUCCCCCCCGCUGUCGUCCCCCCCGUCGUCGUCCCCCCCGCCGUCGUUCCGCCCGCUGUCGUUCCGCCGUCCGCGCCGUUCGCGCAAGCCGUCCCGGGCACGCUCCUCGCGUUCUACAACCGCCAGUAUUUCGCCAACGCGCCGAAAUCCCUCCCGUUCGUAGCCAUCCGCCCCAACCCGGCUGUAGCGUGCUACGACCUGCCUCCGGAUUUCGCCCGUAGCGUGGGCUCGGCGCGCAUAUGGUGGAACACCAGGGAUAACCAGCCGGAGCACAUCAACUGCGGGGCGGUGUGGUUCUUCCCCGGCUACGGGUGCACGGGCACCGCGACUGGCGUUCGCAGGCCUGGCAGCCUGAAUACCACCGCCCCCAGAUACAACUCGUACAGCAAGCUGCCAAUGCAGAUGGCCGCAGCUGCGUCCAUCGGAUGCACCUACUAUCCCGACCCCUGUGCCCUCAUUGCGUGUUCGGACCCCAACGCCAUGUGCAAGUCGUCCAAGGGGACAUCGCACUUCUGCCGCUGCCAACCGGGGUUUACUAGUGUCAACGGCACGUGCACUGAUGUGUGCACGCAGAAGCAGUGCCCCUCCAACUCCACCUGCAUUCCCCGCGGCAGCCUUGCAACUUGCCGCUGCGACCCGGGCUUUGAUCGGGAGGAGGACGGCACGUGCACCCCCACGCCGGCCAACAAGGAGUGGAUGCAGCCGCACAACGAGGCGCGCGCUGCUGUCGGCUCGCCUCUGCUUGUUUGGAAUGACACAUUGGCAGCAGCAGCACUGACCUGGGCCCAGCGCCUAGUCAACUCCACCUCAGGCUGUUUCAACACCACCCUGGAGCCCUCCUCCGUGCGCUAUGGCCAGAACACGCUCGCAGCUGUCAACACCUCCCCUGCUGAGGCCGUGCAGAUAUGGACGGACGAGGCCGUCCGCUACUCGCGCUCGCCGUACCCCUUUGGGUGCACAGGGCAGCAGCUGAGGAGCUGCGUGCACUUCAUCCGGGCUGUUUGGAACACCACCACCAGUGUGGGCUGCGCUGCUGCGCCCUGCAAGGACAACUGGCAGACCUUUGUGUGUGACUACUACCCCAAGGGGGCUAUUCCCGGAGCUUACCCUUACUAAAAUGGGCUACAAGUACAGACCACCACCACCAGUGUUGGCUGCGCUCUCGUGACAGGCCAGCGCUUCUCGCCGGCCUUUGUCUGUGGCUAGCACUACCCCCCGCAGGGCAUCGAUACCUCACAGAAUUGGCUGUUACGGGUACUAGGAUUGGCUGUUACUAUAAGUGGCUGUUCCUGGACAGGGCCUGUGCGGGUAGUACCAUAGGCUAGGCUCGUCUCUCAUGAGCUGUGCAACUCGGACUGUAGACCAGGGCUUGGGUCUUCGUAGGCUUGACUAGGGUUCAGAGUAUGGAGUGGCAGCAACGGUCAUUCGGCUCCUGUUAGUGGGUUGGGUUUCCAACGUUUUCCUUCGUAGAGCUUGUUGCGCGCUGUAGACACAGACACUGCCCUUCAUAGAGCUUGUUUCGCGCUUCCUCCGCACACUGUAGACACAGAGCAGAAAGAUCCUUGAGCAGGACGUUAGCUGUUACGAAUCAUGAUUGCAUGUCUUGCGCUUUUACUGUAGUAAAGCUUACUUCUUUCU